GAGAAAGGCGGCAGCGGAAAAUAAGGAACCAAGUAGAUUCAAUCUAUAUACAACAGACAGCACCAAAUGUCGCACCAACGAUUUUCCUCGACCAAUCCCGCGCUGAUCCAGGACCCUCUAAGUCAGCGCCUUCAAUCUCGGACGCCACGCGUGCUCAAGGCCCCAGCCUCAAGCGGUGUUCAGUGGACGUCCAUAGCAAAGAAUGUAGAAAACAGCCAACCCCGGGAUACAGAAAAAACUAACCCGCACAACAGCGGGUGCGCGAGUAGCGAGUGCGCCCGCCGCCGGGGAAAAGAACAGCUCUUUUGCGUUGAUCUUGGAUCUUGCAGUAGGGCUCCGGGCAUUGAGCGCCUGGAGCCCCUAUUCUCGGGAUCCGUGAAGGGGAAGAUGAAGAGGAGGAGGAAGGGGAAGAAGAGGAAGAAGAAGGAGAAGAAGAAGAAGAAGAAGAAGAAGGGAAAGAAAGAAAAGAAAAAGAAAGAAAUGAAGCAAGGAAGAGAAAAAGACAAUCGAAUUGCAACUACAAAACUAAAUGUCACAAAGACUGCAUGCGGAAUACCCCACUAGUCAAGGGCAUGUGUGCGGCGCAGUCGAUGCGUGGUGUUUGAUCUUGGACCCAAUGCAGACUCCGUCAGACAAUGAUUAGUCUGGGAGCUCGAGAAAGUCCGGGGAAAGAAUGAGGGUGAAAUGACUAAAGGAAACGGGCAAUGACAUAGGAAAUGGGGAAGCUGACGAUAGGAAAUAGGGAAGACAUAAGAAACUCGAAUAGAUGAAGUGAUAUAAAUGGCAAGAGGAAAUGCGAAAAGAUAGAUGGGGGUAUAAAUGCUAAGAAGAUGGCGGUAAAAAUGGUCUGG